UAUACGCACACAGUAGGCUAUGGACCACUGUGUGGUGCUCUCAUCUCACUUAAAUUGACUCUGGAUCUAGCUCUGAGUUGAAAGAGUUGACGCAAAUAAUGGUCAAUAAGACGGGCAUACCUACUUGCAUAUAUAAUUCAAGGCAUAUUUUCAUCUAUGCCUGCCCACUUCACAACGUGUAAAUCCUCGAAGCGUGCAGUGCAGCCAGGAAUUUCCCACUUUUUACGCGCUGCUUAUUGAUUAUUGUUUACUGCAUGAAUGAAAGGCGAGGAACUGUAACCUAUGGCUACUUAAUCAAAUGUUCCUUCACAAGAGUCAGCUGUCUACUUAGGAGAAUGAUGAAGGUGAUGACGACUACAGCGACGCACUUCAGAGCGGUAUGGAUGUAAAUUUCUAUUGGGUUGCACGUAUAUUACCACACCCCACGGGUGAGCACUGUCAGCCAGCGACAGGGUCGUCUCUCACCACAGUCAUGGAACAGACUCCCAGAAGAGCGCACAUUGCCAUCCAGUAGCGUAUGUGUUGUAGCCUAUGUCUUUAAGAAUGAUCAUGCCCCGAGAGGUUGUUAGAUGCACUUGGAUUACCGGUUGGUGCACUGAAACAACGUUAACAACCGUUUACUAAUGUCUAGCGAGCGCUCGUCAUAAAAAGUAGGCUAUUUCCAUACUCAAUUCAGCAGAGAGCACUGCUUUUGAUAUUAGUUAACAAUUAAAUUGUUUUAUUGAACAAGGCGGAUAUUAUGAUUUAGAGACAUUUUAAAUCCGGGUGUCAUUCCCUGGCAUUUAACCGGAACGCAGACGAUGGAAUUCAGAUUUGAAAUUUUCAAUUCACUCCGUGGUAACCAUAUUGACCCUGGUCCAACUCUUUAAAAACGGGUUUGGAGACUGUUCAGACACCGUCUUCUUAACUUAAGAAGAGUUUGGAAUCAAGGAUGGACAGAACGAUCAACUUGUUUUUGCUAUCCUUAAUUUUGGGCGCGCCGGUCACGGGAGCCACCGAGACCAAGCCGGAAGCCACGCCGCUGCCGGAGUUGUCUCUCCAGCCCGCACUGCCUGCCAUGGAGAGCGAGCGGCAAACCAUGCCGGACGGGCUGCAACGGUGCCUGGAGAUGCUGGGCCGGGAGACGCCACGCAACAGAAGUGGACCUUACUGUUAUCGAACCUGGGAUGGCUGGCUGUGCUGGGAUGAGACCCCCGCAGGCACCUACGCCACGCUCAACUGCCCCGACUACCCCGGUUUCGACAGCUCAGAAAAAGUUACAAAAUACUGUGAUGAAUAUGGUUAUUGGCUCCAGAGUCCCUCCGUCAACAAAACCUGGACUCAUUGUCUCGCCUAUCCAAAAGACCAGCUCACAGAACAGCAGAGGAUAUCCACCCUUGGUUCACCGGAGCCCGGCACAACUGUGGAGGAAGAAAGGAAGAAAAUCAUGGACGCCCAAUACAAAUGCUUUGAGAAGAUGAACAGGGACCUCCCGUACAAUAAAUCAGGACUGUACUGCAACCGGACCUGGGAUGGGUGGAUGUGCUGGGAUGACACUCCAGCAGGAACCUUCUACACUCAGAACUGCCCCGACUACUUUCCGGACUUUGACCCCACAGAAAAGGUCACUAAAUAUUGCGACGAGACAGGGAAUUGGUUCCGUCACCCUGACACGAACAGAACCUGGUCCAACUACACGCUGUGCACAGCCUACACACAAAGCAAACUGAGGAUGGCCUUCAUCCUCUAUUACAUGGCAAUGGUGGGCCAUUCUCUUUCCCUGGUGUCCCUCCUGAUCUCCCUGGCCAUAUUUUUCUACUUCAGGAGUCUGAGCUGUCAGAGGAUUACACUUCACAAGAACCUCUUUUUUUCCUACGUGCUCAACUCCACCAUCACCAUCAUCUAUCUCAUCUGCGUGGUCAACAAUCCCAAAGUGGUGGACCGAAAUCCUGUGGGCUGCAAGGUGCUGCAGUGUUUGCACUUGUACAUGCUGGGUUGCACGUACUUCUGGAUGCUGUGCGAAGGUGUUUACCUGCACACACUCAUCGUGGUGGCUGUGUUCGCAGAGGAGCAGCACCUGCACUGGUACUACCUCCUAGGAUGGGGAUUCCCCUUAGUCCCCACAGUCAUCCAUGCUGUCGCCAGGAAGCAAUACUUCGAUGACAACUGCUGGCUGAGUGCAGAAACCCAUCUGCUUUACGUGGUGCACGGCCCUAUUGUGGCAGCACUGCUGGUGAAUCUGUUCUUUUUGCUGAACAUCGUGCGGGUCCUGGUGACCAAGCUGAGGGACACCCACCGGGCCGAAUCCAACAUGUACAUGAAGGCGGUGCGGGCCACCCUCAUCCUGGUGCCGCUGCUGGGGAUCCAGUUUGUCAUCCUCCUGUGGCGACCGCAGAACCGGCUGCCCGGCGAGAUCUACGACGUCGUCAUGAACAUGGUCAUGCACUACCAGGGAUUGCUGGUGGCAACAAUAUUCUGCUUUUUCAAUGGAGAGGUCCAGGCGACAGUGAAGAGGCAGUGGAUGCAGUACAAGAUGCAGUGGGGCCAGCAGAAGAAAGAGCACUGCUCCAUGCGCUCCACCUCCUAUACGGCCACCUCCAUCACCGAGGUGCCUGGCUUCAUGUACCACCACGACUGCGGAGGUGGGGUUGGAGAAGAGCCCAAUGGCAGGCCCACUGAGGACAGCGAGCUGGUGGCCCUCAAGCUGGGAGACACCUAUGCCUGAUGGGUGGGUGGGUAGGGAGGUGGACUGCCGAACACUAGGGGGCGCUGAUUCACGGAGAGGCCUGCAGAGGCUGUGGGGGGGAAAAGGGAGGGUAGUUGGAAUCAGGAGAUGUUUCUUUGGAAAGACACUGAGAGGUCUGUGGUGAUAACAAACACAUCAAACUGGACCUCCACCCACCAACACCCACUCUCUUUGGGUUCCCUUCAUCCCAAUGCUAGGAGGGGGUCAAGGAGUAAGGCCUGAUUGCAAUGGUGGAAAAACUUUAACAUUGUGAAGUAAGGAAAAAAAACAGCAAUGGUGUUUGUUCAUGUGUGUAUGGGCAGUGAUGCCUCUCCUGAGAGAAACCCAAAUGGUGUGUGUUAGUUUUGGUUGGUCCUUACCGUGCUGCUGCUGCUACUGCUUCAUCAAAGCAUACAAACAAACAAACAAACAAACAAACAAACAAACAGGAACAUAAAACAAAUAGAAGAGCUGUGUUUGAUGGACACCUGUUUCUUGGCGGGACCCAGACUCAGGCUUAGACUCCUGGCCAGCCGGUACUUGACGCGGCCCAGUGGUGCCUAAACCAAAGGCUGUGGUGGCUAGUGGCCUAUGAAGAGAGUUCACUAUCGGACCACUCACAGAUCCAAUCACUGGGACACAAACUCACAACGGAAAACACACACACACACACACACACACACACACACACACACACACACACACACACUCCUCUGCUGGGUGAGCAGUUGAAAGUGUUUCCCUGUGCCUAAGCUCUGGAAUCUUGUGCACAUUCUCACCAGUUUCACCCAACAUGUGUCUGCUGAGGGGUUUCUGGGAAGUUGUUCUUUUUUUUUUUUUUUCGACUGCUAUUUUGCAACCUCGAAAUAGCUUGUCCGUCUUGUGAGGCCUCUGAUUGUAAUGUUAGUGCAGCUGUGCUUUCAGUGUUUUUGUCUGAAAAAAUUAGCGUGUGGAGGGAAAGAAGUCAUAGACAGAGAGAGAGAGACAGAAAGAGAGUGUGUGUUCUAGAGCUGUAUAGUGCAAAACCAUUAAAAUAUGAAAGUUAAGAAUCUAUAAGAGGAUUACAACAAAUAAAACCAUUGUAUUGUGCAGCCCACAAAGUUGUAUGUUUCUAAGCAUACAGCUUCACAUUACAGUAGAGUCAUUUGUUUGUCUGUGUUUGUUCCUUCAUUUGUAAUGUGAUUUAUUUUUAUUAUUAUUUUAUCAAAUUGUCUGACUUUUUUGUUUCCUUAUGAAUGCUCAUUUUGACAGGUGUCAUGCGUCAAAAUUUCUAUAUUGCUCUGUUGAUAGUAUUCUAAAGGUGUGUUUAAACGAAGCCUGUAGUUGAAGAGUGGGGGCAGUUAUCUUGUCAUAUGACUCAGAUAUCAGAUCAAGGGUAUGACACAGAUGAAAGUCAAAAAAUCAAUGUGUUUUGCACUAAACCAGAUGGAAUGAAUGAUCUGUAAGUUUAUUACUAGUGACAUCACAUGGCAGAUGGAGAAUGGUGAACUUUUAAGAGAGAAGAAAAAAAAAACCUAAAAAAAAAAACCUUGAGAGUUGAUGUACGUGACUCAAUUACACAAUUGUCAUGCUUAACUUUGUACUAAUUUCUCAAAAUGUUUGCACUGAACUUUUUUUUUUCAGUCUUGUCCUUAAGCUCAUCAAUUGCACAAGCACUUCGAGGGGCAAUUCACUGCAAGAACAUUUUCUCUGUCGCCAUUUUCUGACAUGGAAACCCUGUGUAGAGCACACAGGCUUUGACUUUAUCCCUUUGAGAACUCCUCUUGAAGACCACAGUUGUCUUUGUUGUGACCACACUGAUCAGUAUCUACUCCUCAGUUCACUUUUGUUUUUACAAUUUAUUUAUUGUAUUUUCAAAAACAACAUGCAGUCGCUCCAAAAUAUGGUCAAAAUUAAGCUGGGUUCCAAGUGGUUUAAACGAUAAACAACUACCCUCUGACGAUUUUGCCAUCUUUAUGUUGAGAUAGUAAGUAUGAUAUCAAGCUUUGAUUUCCAGCUGUAGCAGGUGUUGGGCAAAACGUGAGAAUGAUAGGCAUGUUUCAAAACAAGAGCAUCAUUUUAUUUUUGUUUAAAUGGCUCAUUUUGGUGUGAAAAGCUUCUUUAAAAAUAUUUUUUAUCAAAAUGAAUGAUGAGUACUUUUUAAAUAGUAUGAAUGCUGAGCAUAUGAAGAAACCUAUAAAUAUAUGAAAUAUGUAUAUGAAGGAAACUACACAAAGAAUAGACGAUGUAUUUUUUCUUCCUGUUUCUUUUGAUGAUGAUGUAAAUGAUUAUGCUAUCUAUUGCUUUGUGAAACGUGGCUCAGAUUUCUUCUUUAUGUUAAAAUACUUGUAGACUUAAGGUAAAAACAUCAGUGACACCUUGUCUAUGUUAAUCUUUUCCUGUCUUUGAUGUUCAUUUUAAACUUGUAGCCCUCCAUGUUUAAGAUGGAGUUGCCAUGGACACUGUCAUUUUCCAUUUCACUCAUAGUGUUCAUCAGUGAUUAUCAAGCAGUCUUUGUUUAUGAGGUACAGCCAGACAAUAAUGUUUCAUCUAAAAGCAAAUGGACGAUUCUUUCAUCGUUCAACUUCAACUUGUCCUCAUUUCUGGUUGGAAAGAGCUUUUGGUAUCCGUUUUGAAGCACUGCUGAAUAUUUUUUGUGUGUGUCCUUCGAAUGCCUGGUUAUAAAGUUCUCUAUUGGCG